AUGGGCAAGUUGGCUCCCCAUUACUCCGAGGGCCAACAACUGGGCAGCGCGCGAGUCAACCGAGACGCCCAGGGGUCCCCAGACACACCUGAAAUCCGGGCUCCUGAGAGACCGUCUCCGGGUCACGAAUCCUACACAAAGGCCACCUUCGGCUUAACUGUACAACCCGAGAAACCUGUUUCAAGGCCGGAAAUCCGAGGCCUAGAGAAAAGCAACGUGACACGAUACCGGCCACACAUCGGUGGGAGGGAAGUGGAGCACAGCGCAGGCAGCCUCCUGUUGGCGUCCCCACUUCGGCCCCAGGAGCUGGAAAUGCCCGGGCCUUGUCAUUGCUCACAGUACGAAAAAGCUUUCUCACCCAAGUAUCUGCAGAACUGGUCUCUCGCCAAGCCAACAAAAGAGAGGAUUUCUUCCCAUGAAGGCUACACUCAGAUUAUCGCCAAUGAUCGUGGCCAUCUGUUGCCUUCAGUGCCCCGUUCCAAGGCAAGUCCUUGGGGUUCCUUCAUGGGCACCUGGCAAAUGCCUCUGAAGAUACCCCCUGCUCGGGUGACCCUGACCUCCCGUACAGCUGCUGGUGCUGCCUCCCUUACCAAAUGGAUACAGAAAUAUCCUGAUUUACUCAAGGCCUCCAAUGGGCUACAUCCUGAAAUCUUAGGCAAGCCCCAUGAUCCAGACAGUCAGAAGAAACCUGGGGAGUCUAUCACAAAGACUGUACGGCAAGCAGCACCAAGUGCAACCAUAAUCCCAAGCUCCCCAGCAUCAAAUCUCAAUUCCCCAGAUCAGCUCCAAAGGUCACACCCCUCUGAAGGUCACACUCCAGGUCCCCAAAGCCCACCCAACUCUCCAAAGAGUCCACCUGGAAGCCCAUGUAUGCUAGAACACUGUGCAGGUCCUAAUUUAGCUGAGGUCCAGAAAUGCAAACCUGGAACUCCAUAA